AUGUCGCUCGUUGGUAACUUCGCCUUCAACAACUUCGACGGGCAAGCCCAGAGAGGUGGUGUCAGUGCCCUUGGGGGUACUGCCUUUCAGCAUGAUGAGCACCACGAACAAGCCGACAACUCGACCCGAGAUACACACUUGAACCCUGAUCGCCACGCCGAGCAUUCACGCAUUCCUGCUUCCCGCCAGACCUCGACCACUUUUACUACCGAACAACAAGACUACUCACACUCCGGAAUCCACGAUGGCACAUACUACCCUGACGGUAUCCCACCAUCAAACGAGAAGAUGGAGCUCGAGCCUGCAGAGUCACCAUCAUCAUCCCAGAGCGAAGCUGCAUACGAAAGAGACGAGAAGGUUCACGAGAUCGCAAGAACAUUGAGCCGCACAAUGUCACAAGCACCCGACGACCCUUUCACAUACGAGGGAGAUUCACCACUCAACCCCUCUUCCAGCCAUUUCAAUGCUCGCGAAUGGGUCAAGUCCAUGUACAAGCUGAACCAAAGGGAGGGCGUGCAACAACGUACCGCUGGUGUUGCUUGGAAGAAUCUCAACGUCCACGGUUUCGGUGCCGAUUCAGAUUACCAAAAGACUGUCUCCAACAUUGCCCUCGAGGUCGUUGGCGGAGUCAAGAAGUUGAUGGGUCUCGAGAAGCAGAGAAGAAUUGAUAUUCUUCGCGACUUCGAGGGUGUUGUCAACCCUGGUGAGAUGCUGGUCGUGCUCGGCCCGCCCGGUUCUGGAUGUUCGACGUUCCUCAAGACAAUCGCUGGAGAGACCCACGGUUUCAAUGUCGACAAGGACUCUUACCUCAACUACCAGGGUGUCGAAGCCAAGGACAUGAACACCAAAUACCGUGGUGAAGCCAUCUACACCGCUGAGGUGGACGUCCACUUCCCGAACAUGACAGUAGGCGACACUUUGUACUUCGCAGCCCGCGCUCGUGCUCCUCGCACCAUCCCCGGUGGCCUUUCAAAGGUCAGAUGGGCCGAAGUCAACAGAGAUAUGAUCAUGGCCACUUUCGGUAUUUCUCACACCAUCAACACUCAGGUUGGAAACGACUUUAUUCGUGGUGUUUCCGGUGGUGAGAGAAAGCGUGUCUCGAUCGCUGAAGCCGCAUUGAGCGGUGCUCCUCUGCAGGCGUGGGACAAUUCGACUCGUGGUCUCGACAGUGCCAACGCUGUCGAAUUCUGUAAGACGCUGCGUCUCUCCUCCGAGUUCUUUGGUACCACUCCCAUGGUCGCCAUCUACCAAGCACCCGGUGCUGCUUACGACCUCUUCGACAAGGUCGUCGUACUGUACGAGGGACGUCAAAUCUUCUUCGGUGGCACCACCGAAGCAAAGAUUUACUUCGAAAGCCUUGGGUUCGAGUGUCCAGACCGCCAGACCGAUGCCGAUUUCCUUACCUCCAUGACUUCAGCUCAAGAGCGCGUUGUCCGUAAGGGCUGGGAGAGCAGAGUGCCUAGAACUCCCGAUGAGUUUGCUGCUUGCUGGAAGGCUAGCCCUCAGCGCGAACGCCUCCUACAGCAGAUCGAUGAAUUCGGCACAAAAUACCCCUUCGGCGGUCAAUCAACCGAAGUAUUUGCUGCAUCGCGCAAGGCUCAAAAGGCCAAGGGCCAGCGCACCGCCUCUCCUUAUACCUUGUCUUACGCCCAGCAAGUCAAGCUGUGUCUUUGGCGUGGAUUCCAGCGUCUCAUUGGAGAUCCCAGCUUAACAUUCACACAAUUGUUCGGCAAUUUCAUCAUGUCCUUGGUCAUUGGCUCUCUCUUCUUCAACCUCGACAACGGCACCGACUCUUUCUACAGCAGAGGUGCUCUUCUCUUUUUUGCCAUCUUGAUGAACGCUUUCGGUUCCGCUCUCGAAAUUCUGACCCUCUACGCUCAGAGACCCAUUGUCGAAAAGCACUCUCGCUAUGCUCUCUACCACCCCUCUGCUGAGGCUUUCGCUUCUAUGCUUACGGACAUGCCUUACAAGAUUCUGAACGCAAUCGUCUUCAACCUGACACUCUACUUCAUGACCAACCUUCGCCGCGAACCUGGAGCAUUUUUCUUCUUCCUGCUCAUCUCCUUCUUCCUGACUUUGACCAUGAGUAUGUUGUUCAGAACAAUCGCAUCGGUCUCGCGUACCUUGUCUCAAGCCAUGGCUCCUGCAGCUAUCUUGAUCUUGGCCAUUGUCAUCUUCACCGGUUUCACCAUUCCCACACGCUACAUGCUUGGAUGGAGUCGAUGGAUCAACUACCUUGAUCCUGUCGCAUAUGGAUUUGAGGCUCUCAUGAUCAACGAGUUCCACGGAAGAGAUUACCCUUGUUCAGCACCUGUCCCUCUUUACGGUACCUACGAUCAAUCGACCCAGGUCUGUAGCACAGUUGGCGCGAUUGCGGGCCAAAACUUCGUCAAUGGCGACGCUUACAUCAACUCGUCGUUUGGAUACUACCACAGCCACAAGUGGCGCAACUUCGGAAUCGUAAUCGCUUUCAUGAUUGGCCUCAUGUGCUUCUACCUGGGAGCUACUGAGUUGAUCUCGGCCAAGAAGUCCAAGGGUGAAGUCCUUGUGUUCCGCAGAGGUCACGCACCUGCUGUCCUCACCAAGAACUCCGCCGACGAUAUUGAGGCCGCUGGUGCUGGUCAAGCUGUUGCUGAGAAGCAUCAGGGCGACACUGCGGCCACCGACAUCAUCCAAAAGCAGACUGCCAUCUUCCACUGGGAGGAUGUUUGCUACGACAUCAAGAUCAAGAAGGAAGAUCGCAGAAUCCUUGACCAUGUCGAUGGUUGGGUCAAGCCUGGUACUUUGACUGCCCUGAUGGGUGUUUCAGGUGCAGGCAAGACUACCCUUCUCGAUGUACUGGCCACUCGUGUAACUAUGGGAAUUAUUUCAGGCGAUAUGUUUGUUGAUGGACGCUCCCGUGAUGACUCCUUCCAGAGAAAAACCGGUUAUGUUCAACAGCAGGAUCUCCAUCUUCAAACUUCGACCGUUCGUGAGGCUCUGAACUUCAGUGCCCUCCUCCGUCAACCCGCACACGUCUCCCGUCAAGAGAAGCUCGACUAUGUCGACGAGGUUAUCAAGCUCCUCGACAUGGAAGCCUAUGCUGACGCUGUUGUCGGUGUUCCUGGUGAAGGUCUCAACGUCGAACAACGUAAGCGUUUGACCAUCGGUGUCGAACUCGCUGCUAAGCCUGAACUACUUCUUUUCCUUGAUGAACCUACCUCUGGUCUUGACUCGCAAACCUCAUGGGCUAUCUGUGAUUUGAUGGAGAAACUUACCAAGUCUGGACAGGCCAUUCUCUGUACCAUUCACCAGCCUUCUGCCAUGUUAUUCCAGCGCUUCGAUCGUCUUCUCUUCCUCGCCAAAGGUGGCAAAACUAUCUAUUUCGGUGAGGUGGGCAAGGGCUCGCACAUUCUGACUUCCUACUUCGAACGCAAUGGUGCCUUCAAGUGCCCUCCGGAUGCCAACCCUGCCGAGUGGAUGCUCGAGGUUAUCGGCGCAGCUCCUGGUUCUCACACUGAUAUCGACUGGCACCAGACCUGGCGCGACAGCGAGGAGUACCGUGAGACCAAGGCUGAGCUCGCCAGACUCCACCACGAACGUCCUCAGCAAACUCAGCCCUCGACCGACCCUAACGAUCAGACCAGCUUCCGUGAGUUCGCUGCACCUUUCGGUGUUCAGUUCAUGGAGGUUACCAAGCGUGUGUUCAUCCAGUACUGGAGAACCCCCAGUUACAUCUUCUCCAAGCUCGCUCUGUGUACCUUCUCCGCUCUCUUUAUUGGAUUCGUGUUCUUCAAGGCCCCGAACUCUCAGCAAGGUCUUCAGAAUCAGAUGUUCUCCAUCUUCAUGCUGUUCACCAUCUUUGGUCAACUCGUCCAGCAGAUCAUGCCCCACUUCGUCACCCAGCGUUCUUUGUACGAGGUUCGCGAGCGCCCUUCCAAGACCUACUCCUGGAAGGCUUUCAUGCUGAGCAACAUUAUCGUCGAGCUGCCCUGGAAUUCUCUCGGUGCCGUGAUCAUCUUCUUCUGCUUCUACUAUCCAAUCGGCCUGUACCGCAACGCUGUUCCUGACAACCAAGUCACGGAGCGUGGUGGUCUCUUCUUCCUGUUCGUCUGGCAAUUCCUUCUCUUCACCUCGACUUUCACCAACAUGGUCAUUGCUGGUAUCGAUCUCGCUGAGACCGGUGGUAACAUUGCCAACUUGAUGUUCUCCUUGACCUUGAUCUUCUGUGGUGUCCUUGUCGGACCUACCGUAAUGCCUGGCUUCUGGAUCUUCAUGUACCGCCUGUCGCCCUUCUCUUACCUCGUCGACGGUAUGCUGUCUGUCGCGGUCGCCAACACCAACGUGGUCUGCGCCUCCAACGAGUACCUCAACUUCAGAUCACCCGCAGGUCAGACUUGUGGUGAGUUCAUGGAUCCCUGGAUUGCUUCAUAUGGUGGUUACCUCCAGAACAACCAGACCUCGGACUGCCAGUUCUGCCAAAUCGCAGACACAAACUCUUUCCUUGCCGCAGUCAGCUCUUCAUACAGCCACCGCUGGAGGAACUUUGGAAUAAUGUGGGCUUUCAUCAUCUUCAACGCAUUUGCUGCUGUCGGUAUUUACUGGCUCGCUCGUGUGCCCAAGAAGGCCAAGAAGGCAAAGAGCGAGUAA